UUACUUCUUGGAAAUCUAGGGUUAAUGUUACCAUGCGUUUUUAAUAGUAACAAAUUCCGAUGUGUACAACAGCUUCAAAUCCAGCUUUGUGUUCGAAGAAAGGAUUACGUUGAGCUAGACACGUCGAUUAUUGAGGCAUGGUGUAUUGGCUGUCAGUUCAAUCUUUUUCUAGUUAAAACAUUUUUUUACCUGGCCUCACAGACCCUUUCGAUACAUACCUAGAAGGUUUGAGAUGAGCAACUUUUUGUUGUGUCUGGUCAUCUUUCACACCUAUGUGUUUCGGACACAAGCAAGCAAGAUAGAAUGCAAGGCUUCUGCUGUUCAGUUGACAAAGGAGACCAACUUGACAUGCUAUUUCCCAGAAGACCUCAUCCAGACCCAGAAAGAUUUUUCUGUUUAUCACUACGAAGACAAAGAAAGACUAAAUGCUGUGGUAGAAUGUUUCUGGUUGUCUGGCCAACAUAACUGCAUCACAUUGGAAGGAUAUGAAAUUGACAAAAAUAUAACCAAUAUUGUCACAGUUCGCAUUCCCAACAUGAUGAAAAGUAAAACUGGAAUCUACUUGUGUAGUUUUAUGGGAGUGAGAAACAAAGAUAAUGGCUUUUGCAAAUUAGAAGUAACAAAGACAACGUGCAAAGUUUUUUCUAUAAAGGAAAGUCAGAUGGUGGACUUGACAUGUUAUUUCCCAGAAGAUAUCAGCAAAGCUAAGGAAGACUUUGUGGUGUAUCAUUACAAGGACGAGGAUAGGGAAGCCAUAGUAGUAGAUUGUUUCUGGAUGUCGGAUGACCUGCACUGUUACACAAGUCAUGGCUACAAGUACAAAGGCUUUGUCAACAAUCAAGUGACAUUUCAAAUAACCCAACUGACUAAAAAUGAAACUGGAAAAUACAAGUGUUCGAAGUCGCAACUGAUGGCAGAAGACGUUGAAUUUUGUGAAUUUCUGUCCUCAGAAAGAAGAUGUGAAGUUUAUUCAAGGGAAUCAACAUCUGAGAGUGAGUUGACCUGUUACUUUCCUGAGGAUGUUGGGCAGUCAAAGAAAGACUUUGCAGUUUUACAUUUUGAUGGCCAAGGGGGUCAAGAUGUUGUGAUUGACUGCUUUUGGCAUAUCGACAGUCUUAUUUGCAAUACACAACCUGGCUACCAGGGGAACAUGAAUGUCUCAAAUCGCUUUGUGGCCAAGAUUCCACAUAUAUCUGAAAGAGAGACUGAAAGUUAUAUGUGUGGAGUAUCUGGAUCAUCCCUUCAUCAAGUCUUCUUGUGCAGCUCUCACUUAAAAGAUGGAAAACCAAUGUAUGAUGCUAUUUACAGAGCAGGUUUUCUAACAUCCGUUACAGUCAUAGUUGGACUCGUUGUGAUCUUAUUACGGGUCACCUUUUUCAGACGUUAUCAGUUUCUUCCCUGCAAGCGGAAGGUAAAGUUACCUCCCCCAGUACAAGAAUGGGAACCAGAGAUUUUCAUGGCAGAUUUGCUCGUGGACGCUCGACCAUAAUCAAUAAAUUGCAGAGCAUCAUACCUUGACUUAGCAAGGCAAGAUGAAACUAAUAACAUGGUGAACACUAAGAUCAAAUAGUAUUUCUUCAUUUAUACAGGAAUGCAUUUUUCAGCCAUUAAAUCAAACAAGGAUCUUUCAAGAGAAAGCCAGGGGAAAUGAUACAUGCUGAAUCCUCUGAUUAAAUAGUAUCUUUUACAUAAGCAAAAGUACCUGUCAUGUGGGGGGACUUGCAGAAAGCACAUCAUCGAAGGAACACUUUAUGAUGAACUGUCAGGUUCAUUUUGAGAGCAUUGUAUAAUAUAUUUAGGAGUUUUGCACAGGAAGAAAUUAAAUAAAAAGAAUGCAGGACAAUUAGUAGGGAGGCCAGUAUGGCCUGUUUAAAAAGUGAGGGGCAUAGAAGUAUGCAAGAUGGAGUGCAAAAAUCUUUCAUAGUGAAAGUGUAUUUUUUUUGUCUCAUUGUAUGCAUUCUUUUUGAAUCUGUGAUAUUUGCAAUUGUUUUAAUAAUAAUAACACGGAUUAAUUAUAGAGCACAGUUCCCUAAUGGCUCACAACACUUUACAAAGAAUAACACAUUCUAAGAUAAUAAAAACAGCAUAAAAUUCUGCAUUGUCUGAGCAACCAAGUAUAACCAGCAAGCCUAUUGUUUAGCCUACCACAGGGCACAUGUUUGCAUACACUGUGCAAAGAGAGUGCUUAACAUGUAGCUAUAGAUUGUAUCUUUAUUGAGAAUACCACUUGCUGUCUGGGUUAUCUUUAAAAUUGUUAUUAUUAUUUAUUUUUUAGCAUUAUUAUUUAUCAUCAAGCUUGUAGGUCAUUAAGUAUUCUGCAAAGGGUAAUGUAAUAAACUCUCCCUUUGAUGAACUCCAUGAAGACAUUUGGAAAAAAGUCAGGUGCUUACUUUCACUUGAUUCAAAGGUAAUCAAGCUGAUCCAUGGAAUUACCACAAAAUAAGAGCUAUUCAUUCCAAUAACAAAAAUAACAAUUAUCAUGAGCAAGAGAGCGAAUGUUUUGUAUGGUUAUGGUUGAAUGGUUACAUGACAAGAUGUAACAAAAUAAAGGAAUUUAUAAAGCAUUAA